UGUCACUGUGGUUCAGAAUAAAAAUAAUCAUGGCUGACCAGAGACUGCCUUUCCCGUACGAUUUCAAAGAGAUUGAACCUGAGGAGAAAGCAGACAAUAAGAGGUUGUUCAACUACCCGAACGUCGAUUUCAUCCGUGUGGGUCCGAAAGGUUACGUUUUGCCGAGGCCUUACGUGGAACACGCCGAAAACAUAUACAACUUGCCUAUUAGACCGUCGGAUGUCUUCGUGGCCAGCUAUCAGAGAUCAGGUACAACAUGGACUCAGGAACUCGUGUGGCUGUUGGCAAAUGAUUUUGAUUUUACCACAGCGUUGUCUGUGCCAAUCACCCACAGAUAUCCUUUUCUCGAAAUUUACAUGUACUACACGGAGUGGAGUAAAUAUACCUUGAAGAAUACCGAAAAUGUGGUAAGCAUAGAAAAGAAGGAGAAACUUGUAAAGGUGAUGGAGGUGAUGGCUCAGCCGGUGACAGAGAAGCUGGCGGCGAUGCCGUCCCCUCGCUUCAUCAAGACGCAUCUGCCGAUGAGCUUCCUCCCCCCCAAUAUAGUAGACACGGCCAAGAUGAUAUACAUAGCUAGAGACCCCAGGGAUAUCGCUGUCUCCUCGUAUCACCAUGCUAGACUCUUCAAAGUGUUAGACUUUGCUGGUGAAUUUAGAGAUUUCUGGAAUUUAUUCGUAAAUGAUCGCUAUGUAUUGACACCGUAUUUCGAGCACGUGAAAGAAGCAUGGAAUAUGAGACAUCAUCCGAAUAUGCUGUUCUUGUUUUAUGAAGAACUGAAGAAGGACUUGCCGGCAGUCAUACGGCGUGUAGCGGCUUUUCUAAACAAACAAGUGACAGAUAAGCAGAUGACCAUGCUAUGCGAACAUCUCAGCUUCGACAACUGCAAGAAGAACAAGGCUGUCAACUAUGAGCACCUUCGGGAGUUCGAUAUGUUUUCGCCUAAUGAAACCUUCAUAAGAAAAGGAAAAAGCAAUGGUUGGCGCGAGUACUUCGACGACGAGAUGACGCAACAAGCGGAGAGGUGGAUCCAGAAAAACCUCAGGGAUACAGACCUACGCUUUCCGAGUUUAUGAAAAAAUAAUAUUUAUUAUAAUAUAACAGAUGAAAAUAAAGGGCUCAUUCUAUAGGGGAACAAAGGAGAAAUAAA